UGACGUAACCAGUCUCUUCCCUGCCUAUGCCCUAGUGAGGUGGGCAGUGUAAAGUUGUGCGGUUCUCCUCGAAGCGAAUCCAAAACCAUCCGUCAUCAUGGUGAACUUCACCGUCGACCAGAUCCGUGCCAUCAUGGACAAAAAGUCCAACAUUCGUAACAUGUCUGUGAUUGCGCACGUGGACCAUGGGAAGUCCACUCUGACCGACUCACUGGUGUCCAAGGCAGGCAUCAUCGCUUCUGCCCGUGCUGGAGAAACCCGCUUCACCGACACAAGAAAGGAUGAGCAGGAGCGUUGUAUCACCAUCAAGUCAACCGCCAUCUCCUUGUUCUACGAGCUUGCAGAAUCCGACUUGGCUUUCAUUAAGCAGUGCAAAGAUGGCUCUGGGUUUUUGAUCAACCUGAUCGAUUCUCCCGGCCACGUCGACUUCUCAUCUGAGGUGACAGCUGCUCUCCGUGUAACUGACGGUGCCCUGGUGGUUGUGGAUUGCGUCUCUGGUGUGUGUGUCCAGACUGAGACCGUGCUGAGACAGGCCAUCGCUGAGAGGAUCAAGCCCGUGCUGAUGAUGAACAAGAUGGACCGUGCCUUGCUCGAGCUGCAGCUGGAACCCGAGGACCUUUACAACACAUUCCAACGUAUCGUUGAAAACGUCAACGUUAUCAUUUCCACCUAUGGUGAAGUGGAAGAUGGACCAAUGGGAAACAUCAUGAUUGAUCCAGUCGUCGGUACCGUUGGCUUUGGAUCUGGACUCCAUGGAUGGGCUUUCACCCUGAAACAGUUUGCUGAGAUGUACGUGUCCAAGUUCGCAGCCAAGGGUGAUGCUGCUGCUCAAUUGGGACCAGCAGAGCGCUGCAAGAAGGUUGAGGACAUGAUGAAGAAGCUGUGGGGUGACAAGUACUUCGACCCUGCUGCUGGCAAGUUCAGCAAGACUGCCAAUGGACCUGAUGGCAAGAGGCUGCCCCGUACCUUCGCCCAGCUGGUCCUUGACCCCAUCUUCAAGGUGUUCGAUGCCAUCAUGGGCUUCAAGAAGGAGGAGACUGCCAAGAUGAUCGCCAAGCUGGACAUCAAGCUGGAUACUGAGGACAAGGACAAGGAGGGCAAGCCCCUGCUGAAGGCCGUGAUGCGUCGUUGGCUGCCAGCCGGUGAUGCCCUGCUUCAGAUGAUCACCAUCCACCUGCCAUCUCCCGUCACCGCCCAGAGGUACCGCUGUGAGCUGCUCUACGAAGGACCCGGCGAUGAUGAAGCUGCCAUGGGAAUCAAGAACUGUGACCCCAAAGCUCCUCUCAUGAUGUACAUUUCCAAGAUGGUGCCCACCACUGACAAGGGUCGUUUCUAUGCCUUUGGCCGUGUCUUCUCUGGCGUUGUGUCCACUGGUCAGAAGGUGCGCAUUAUGGGACCAAACUUCGCCCCUGGCAAGAAAGAGGACCUUUACCUGAAACCAAUUCAGAGGACCAUUCUGAUGAUGGGUCGCUAUACCGAGCCCAUUGAGGAGGUGCCAUGCGGCAACAUUGUUGGGCUGGUAGGCGUGGACCAGUAUUUGAUCAAGACCGGGACCAUUACAACUUACGAGCAGGCCCACAACAUGAGGGUGAUGAAGUUCAGCGUCAGCCCUGUCGUGAGGGUGGCUGUUGAGGCCAAGAACCCCGCUGAUCUGCCCAAGCUGGUGGAGGGCCUGAAGCGUCUGGCCAAGUCUGAUCCCAUGGUGCAGUGCAUCAUUGAGGAGUCUGGUGAGCACAUCAUUGCUGGAGCUGGUGAGCUGCAUUUGGAGAUCUGCCUGAAGGAUCUGGAGGAGGACCACGCUUGCAUUCCAAUCAAGAAAUCUGACCCAGUUGUGUCCUACAGAGAGACAGUGAGUGAGGAGUCUGACGUGAUGUGCCUGUCCAAGUCCCCUAACAAGCACAACCGUCUGUACAUGAAGGCCCGUCCCAUGCCCGAUGGCUUGGCUGAAGACAUCGACAAGGGCGAAGUCUCUAACAGACAGGAGCUGAAGACCCGUGCCCGCUACCUGGUAGACAAGUACGAAUGGGAGAUCACCGAAGCCCGUAAGAUCUGGUGCUUCGGACCCGACGGUACUGGACCAAAUCUUCUGGUGGAUGUGACCAAGGGAGUGCAGUACCUCAAUGAGAUCAAGGACAGCGUGGUGGCUGGAUUCCAGUGGGCCUCCAAGGAGGGUGUGUUGUGUGAGGAGAACAUGCGUGCCAUCCGCUUCGAUGUCCAUGACGUGACCCUGCAUGCUGAUGCCAUCCACCGUGGUGGUGGCCAGAUCAUUCCCACAGCCCGUAGGGUCAUCUACGCUUCCCAGCUCACCGCUCAGCCCAGGCUCAUGGAGCCCAUCUACCUGGUGGAGAUCCAGUGUCCUGAGCAAGUGGUUGGUGGCAUCUAUGGUGUGCUGAACAGGAAACGUGGGCAUGUGUUUGAGGAGACCCAUGUAAUGGGAACACCCAUGUUCAUGGUGAAGGCUUACCUGCCUGUAAACGAGUCCUUCGGCUUCACAGCUGAUCUGCGCUCCAACACCGGUGGCCAGGCCUUCCCCCAGUGCGUGUUCGACCAUUGGCAGCAACUCCCCGGCGAUCCCUUCGAGGCUGCUUCCAAGCCCGCAGGCGUCGUUGCCGAGACACGUAAGCGCAAGGGUCUGAAGGAGGGUAUCCCUGCUCUGGACAACUACUUGGACAAAUUGUAGAGCUGUCUCCACAAGCCCCCUUCCCCCUCUGCUCUGAGGGACUGGACUGUACAGAUUACCACACAAUCACUAAAGUUUUGCCAAAACUAUGGUCAACUAUGGUCAAAUAAUGAUUUAAGUAUCUCCACAUGACAAAUGUAAAACAUAAAUAAAGGAAAAUAAAAAUUGAA